CUAAUUUGGAAAAGCGCGUUGAUUCCACCUACGGAAACCGGAGUCGUUAAGCGGCGCGUGAGCUGGUUGGGAUUUUAAGCCAGCAGGUCCCACCGUCCAUGUGCCCCCUCCUCUGUCUCCAACACCUCCUCCCUCUCUCUCAAUCAUUACUCCUAAUUUUCCCCCUUCCCUAACAUUCAGAGCCACUCACCAGCUCAUACACACACACACAUACUAACACUCACCACUGUGUGUAUUAUGUCAACAUCUGACGCCAAGCUGCCGUCCGGUAACGGUGCUUUAGUGGUCAAGAAACCGCCGGCGAAGGACCGACAUAGUAAGGUUGAUGGCCGUGGUCGCCGUAUCCGUAUGCCUAUCAUCUGCGCCGCUAGGGUUUUCCAGCUCACCCGUGAGCUUGGUCACAAGUCUGAUGGUCAGACAAUUGAAUGGCUGCUCCGGCAAGCGGAACCCUCGAUUAUCGCCGCUACCGGCACCGGCACAAAUCCAGCUAGCUUCUCCAGUGUUUCAGUUGCGCUUCGUAACUCCAAUGCCAAUUGCUCCCUCUCCGCCGCACUGGAUCAGAAACCCCCUUCCCAACACCUGUUCUCCCCGACUCCAUUUAUACUCGGAAAACGACUCCGGGCGAAUGAAGAUGGUCUUGACGGACACAAAGAAGAUCAUAAUAUGUCUUCCGGUACAGUCACCACCGCCACCCCGGGAGGAUUCUGGGCUCUACCAGCCAGGUCAGAUUUCGGUCAGGUGUGGAGCUUCGCAGCGCCGGAGAUGGUCGUGCCUUCACCUCUAGCGAUGUCUUCGCAACAAGGGAGGUUCAUUCACCAGGAGCAAACAAUGGGAGAGGCAUCCGCGGCUAGGGUUGGAAACUAUCUUCCGAUGACUCAAGGGCAUCUGAAUUUGCUAGCGUCCCUUUCUGGGCCACCACCGCCGUCGUCUGGCCGUAGAGAAGACGAUAGUCGCUGAAAUCAUCAUCUGGCGAUGAUAACUCGACAAUGGGGAUAGAUUGAAGAUAGAGGAUUUGCAGAAAGGGCCGCCAUUUUUACUCUGUUGGAUCCCAUUCCUAUUCCUGAUGAAGCUUGUUGGCUAUGGUGAUGAACAAGUGUGAUUUGAUAAUCUCGAUUGCAAUUUCUCGACGAAUUUGCAUCUUGUUUUUGUUUUGCCUCUCACCCUGUUCUUGAAAUUGGGUGGGGAUGGGAGGGGAGGGGGUGGUUCUUCUCCAUAUAUUCCAUGUUUUUUCAAGCUUUUUUUUUUUUUUUUUUUUGGAAAGUUUAUAUUCAAUUAGAUUAAUAUGUAUGUGUGUGGGAAUAAUGUAAUGUAAUUUUGAAUUAGUUUUUUGUUUUGAAUAAAGAAAGACCCAAUCUCCUAGUUAUAUUAGGCUUAAAGAAGCUUGUUGGCUAUGGUGAUGAACAAGUUUGGGAUUUA